AUGGACGGUUGUGGAGAGAUAUCGAGCAAGUUAAAAGAUUCCGUCACGGUCACUUGCGUAGUCAAGUUGGAUUCCGUCAUGACUCAUGAGAACUACCUCAGUCCCACCAUCGUGCCACCGCAGCUACCUAGCUCAUUCCCACAGCCAACACCACUUCUUCUAUCUUGCACCGUCUUGCCACCGCUACCACCGCAACUACCUCUAUCCCACCGCCACCACCUCUAUCUUGCACCGUCUUUGCCACCGCAGCAGCUACCUCAUUCCCACAGCCACAACCACUUCUAUCUUGCACAGUCUUACCACCGCUACUACCGCAACCACCUCUAUCCCACCGCCACUACCGCAGGUCCGCAACUACCCCUCUCUCUUUCACCGUCAUUCAUCUCGCCACGUCACACCACCGCGUCCAUAGAAGGAUAUUGGUACCAAUAUGUUUCGAACCCUAAUGGGAGGAGAACAACUCGUGAGGAAACUCAACCACUUUGA